CCUCCAUGCAAUUCUCGCCCACCCAACCCUCGUUGGACGUCUUCUUUGAGACAGACACACAAAUAGCCCCCUCCUUUAGGUUUCCGUCCGGUUUUCCUCCUUUCCUAUUCCCCAGAUCUGCAUGGUGAAGUCCAUUAUUGGAGCAUAACAUUUUGAUUGGUUUCCAAAUCAAAUACGGCAGCGUUCUGUUGUAGCCGUCAAAACCUUCUUCUUCUGAGGGUUAGGCGUGGGGAUUGGGGGCUGUAGGGUUAGAGAAGAGGGGGCCUCUCUUUUCCGAUAGAUUCCUCACUGCUUUCUUUUGAGGGGGUAGCCGGGGCCUCGGCCUCGGCGGGUUUUAAAGCCCCCACCUUCACAAACAUCGGAAACACAAACACAAACACCAACAAUUCUUUCAAUAUAACAAAAAAAGAUUUCUUUUUAUUACUUUGUUCUCUGUUGUAAUUAGCUUUUGAGAGAUGCCGGCCAUGGCGUGUUGCGUAGACGCUGUUGCAGCCAAUUUUCCUCCCGGCCACGCUGCUUUCUCCGCGCCGGAGGCCUCUAUUCAGGGGCCGACGGUGCCGCUCUCCGGCGCAACCAACGUGGAGGGGUUCCAUUGGUCGCCUUCCCUCUCGGCGGCGCUGUACAAAGUUGAUGGGUGGGGAGCGCCGUACUUCGUCGUUAACGCGUCCGGCAACAUCUCGGUGCGUCCGUACGGAACGGCCACGAUGGCGCACCAGGAGAUCGAUCUGAUGAAGAUCGUGAAGAAGGUGUCGGACCCCAAGCACUCGGGCGGGCUCGGCUUGCAGCUGCCCCUGAUCGUUCGCUUGCCGGACGUACUCAAGAAUCGGCUGGAGUCGCUCCAGUCGGCUUUCGAAUUCGCGGUGGGGGCCCAGGGGUACAAGGCCCACUAUCAGGGCGUGUACCCAGUGAAGUGCAACCAGGACCGGUUCGUGGUGGAGGACAUAGUGAGAUUCGGGUCGCCGUUUCGGUUCGGGUUGGAGGCUGGGUCGAAACCCGAGCUCCUCUUGGCGAUGAGCUGCUUGUGCAAAGGUAGCCCGGAGGCCCUUCUGAUAUGCAAUGGUUUCAAGGACGCGGAGUACAUUUCGCUCGCACUGGUUGCGAGAAAGCUGGCUUUGAACACUGUAAUUGUGCUUGAACAAGAGGAGGAGCUUGAUUUGGUUAUCGAUUUGAGCAGGAAGCUCUGUGUGCGACCCGUGAUUGGUAUGAGGGCUAAGCUGAGGACGAAGCAUUCGGGGCAUUUUGGGUCGACUUCGGGCGAGAAAGGGAAAUUUGGGUUGACAACGACUCAGAUUUUGAGCGUGGUGAGGAAGCUUGACCAGGUGGACAUGCUUGAUUGCCUGCAAUUGCUGCAUUUUCAUAUUGGGUCUCAGAUCCCUUCGACGGCUUUACUGGCCGAUGGGGUCGGCGAAGCCGCACAGAUCUACUGCGAAUUAGUCCGCCUAGGCGCUAACAUGCAGGUCAUCGACAUCGGAGGCGGUCUGGGCAUCGAUUACGACGGAUCCAAAUCCACUGAGUCCGAUAUCUCGGUCGGUUAUAGUCUCGAAGAGUAUGCUUCUGCUGUGGUUCAAGCAAUUCGGUUUGCCUGCGACCGCAGGUCUGUCAAGCACCCGGUGAUUUGCAGUGAAAGCGGCCGAGCUAUUGUCUCCCACCACUCUGUUCUGAUCUUUGAAGCGGUUUCCGCUAGUGCAUGCGAGUCCCCAGCGUUGCCUUCCUUUGGUUUCCAGUAUUUUGUCGAUGGGCUUCCGGACGAAGCUCGUGCAGAUUACGGGAGCUUGUAUUCUGCGGCACUCAAGGGCGAGCAUGAGACCUGUUUGCUCUAUGCCGACCAGUUGAAGCAACGCUGCGUCGAUCAGUUCAAGGAAGGGUCUCUGGGGAUGGAACAGCUCGCAGCCGUUGAUGGGCUAUGUGAUAUUGUGUCCAAGGCAAUAGGAACAGCUGAUCCAGUCCGUACCUACCAUGUGAAUCUCUCUGUUUUCACCUCAAUUCCCGACUUCUGGGGCAUUGGCCAGCUCUUUCCAAUAGUCCCCAUUCACCGUCACGAUCAAAGGCCGUCCGUGAAAGGGAUUCUGUCCGAUUUGACCUGUGACAGCGACGGUAAGAUCGACAAGUUCAUCGGAGGCGAGGCGAGUCUGCCGCUGCACGAGCUGGAAGGCAAUGGGCGCUACUACUUGGGGAUGUUCUUGGGUGGGGCUUACGAGGAGGCGCUCGGAGGACUACACAACCUGUUCGGUGGGCCAAGCGUGGUCCGGGUGUUGCAGAGCGACGGACCUCACAGCUUUGCGGUGACACGCGCAGUGCCGGGACCAUCGUGCGGGGACGUCCUUCGGUUGAUGCAGCACGAGCCGGAGCUCAUGUUCGAGACGCUCAAGCACCGCGCUGAGGAGUGCGACGGUGGCCGCAGCAGCAUGGCUGCAAACGCUGCGCUAGCUAACAGCCUCGCACGCUCCUUCCGCAGCAUGCCUUACCUGGUGGCGGCAGCCUCCUCUUGCAGCUUGACUGCCAUCAAUGGCAACAACGGCUUUUACUAUUGCAACGAGGACGACUACAAUGCUGCUGCUGAUUCCGCUGCUGCUACGGAGGAUGAGCAGUGGUCUUAUUGCUGUGCUUGAGUUUCUUUGUCUUUGGCAUCCCCUAUCAGUUGGUUGUCCAUGUCAAUUUUUUUUAAGCUUUCUUUUUAAUCAAGGUGUUUUUUUUUUUUUUUUGUUUCUUUGAAUUUCAUGAAGAGCAAAGGAUGCUAAGCAGUAGAGGGGGUCCUUUGACUCCUUUGCCAUGACUAGGAGGGAAGAGGGGAUGGGAACCGAAUCCACCCUUUUGUAAAUUCGGGAUCUUUUUCCCUCAUUGUUAAUUGUCUCUUCUUCUUUUUUUUC